CAGUGCAGGAGAGAAAGAAAAUGGCAGAAUCCAGUGUUUUGAUAGAUCAGGAUGAGUUCAGCUGCCCAAUCUGUCUGUCUCUACUGAAGGAUCCAGUAACUAUCCUGUGUGGACACAGUUUCUGUAUGGGGUGUAUUAAUAAGUGCUGGGAUCAGGAUAAUGAUGCUGGUGUUUACACGUGUCCUCAGUGUAGAGAAGCUUUCACUCCCAGACCUGUUCUACGCAGAAACAACAUGCUGGCUGAACUGAUGGAGAAACUGAAGAAGACUAAACCCCAGUCUGAUCCUGCAGGUGACUGUUCUGCUGGACCUGGUGAUGUGGGUUGUGAUUUCUGCACUGAGAGGAAACUCAAAGCUGUCAAGACAUGUCUGACGUGUCUGGCCUCCUUCUGUAAAAUCCAUCUGAAACCUCACUAUGAAGUUCCUGUAUUAAAGAAGCACACAUUAGUAGAAGUUAUAUCAAAAUUACAAAAGAAGAUCUGUGAGCAACAUGAUGAAGUGCUGAAAAUCUACUGUCGUACUGAUAAAGAAUGUAUUUGUUCCCUGUGCAUGCUGGAUACUCAUAAGGACCAUGACACCGUCUCAGUUGCUUCAGAAAGAAAUGAGAAACAGAAUGAACUAGAGGAAGAGCAGAGGAAGUAUCAGCAGAGAAUUCAGGAGAAACUGAAGAAGGUGCUGGAGAUAAAACAAGCUAUGAACAGUUUUAAGAACUCUGCACAGGAAGCUGUAAGUGACAACGAGCGGUUCUUUAGUGAGCUGAUUGUGUACAUGAAGAAAAAGCGCUCUGAGGUUACACAGCAGAUUAAAGAUCGAGAAAAAGCAGAACUGAGUCGGGCUGAAAGAUUACUGGAGCAGCUGGAGCAGGAAAUUUCUGAUCUUGAGAGAAAAGCCACUGAGCUGCAGCCGAUUUUACACUCACCAGAUCACAUCCACUUCUUACAGAGUUUCCAGUCUGUCUGUGUUUCUUCUGGAUGUGACGACUCACCCAGUGUCACCGUCAAUCAACACGAUUUAUUUAAGAAAGUUCAGAAAUCUCUCUCACAUCUACAUGAGAAACUUAAGAAAUUUUAUACUUAUGAGUUUAAGCAAAUCAUUCCACAGGUUGCAGCAGUGCGGAUGAUUUUACACUUAAGAGAUGAUUUUCUGGGAUAUUUCCAUCAUCUGACACUUGAUCCCAACACAGCACAUUGGAGCCUCAGACUGUAUAACAACAACAGAGUGGUGAGAUGUAUUAAUAACCAGGAGCAGGACCAACCCCCUGAUCAUCCAGAGCAGUUUAGAUACUGGAAGCAAGUGUUGUGUAAGCAGAGUUUAAGUGGAUGCUGCUACUGGGAGGUGGAGUGGAGAGGUGAUGUGUCUUUAUCAGUGUCAUAUAAAGGAAUCAGCAGGAAAGAAGAGAGUAAUGAGUGUAGAUUUGGGCGGAACGAUCAGUCCUGGAGUCUGGAGAGUUUUUCUUCCUCUCUGUCCUUCUGGCACAACAACAUUCAGACUGAGAUCAAGGUUCCAUCCUGCUCCAAAAUAGGGGUGUUUGUAGAUCACAGUGCAGGAACUCUGUCCUUCUACAAUGUCUCUGAUACAAUGACGCUCCUUCACAGGAUCCAGACCACAUUCACUCAACCUCUCUACGCUGGGUUUGGGUUUAGGGUCGGGAUUAGUUUUCUGGUUAGACUUUUACACCCAUUAAAAGACUCAUCAGUGAGAUUAUGUGAUCCAGAAUAAUGCUUCUAUAGAGUGUAAUAUGGUCUUGUAAAUCAUUCAUGCAUUGUCUUUAAUGUUGUGUGAUGUGUUUUAGGAGGAAGGAGGAAAGCACAUUUAAGCUUUAGAAAACUUGAGUAAUUUAGAUUAAGGUAUAUGCAUGAGCAGCAAAAGAAUACAGAAGAGAAUUAUGCUUCUCUCUAUUUCUCUGUGCAAAGUGAAAAAUUUAUGUUCUCUGUGUAUUCUUACACUAUAGUAUAAAUUUAAACUUCCAAGAUUUGUAUUGUUUUACCUGAAAGCUUCACUGUGUGCUCUUGCAAAUACAUACAAUUAUGCACAUGCUAGAACAGCUUGUUUGUUUACAAUCCUUUACCAUUUUAAUGCUGAAGUCCUCUGCUUGUGAUUGGUGUAGACAUAUUUUUGGAAAAACUAAGCAUGUAAAU